AUGAGAACAGAAUUUGUCGAAAAUUUGGGACAGGGAGCGUUUUCAAAAGUCCAAAAAGCUAAAUUGAAAGACGGUUUGGAGUACUUUGAUUUGGAGAAAUCAAGCAGAAGCGAAAUGACUAUUGCCAUCAAAAAAUUGCGUGGUAAGAGGGAACUUCUUGUGCACAUAAAAUGAUAUUAUAGCGCUCAUUUAUCAAUCGUCUCACGAGACUCGCUUUGUUAUUAACCAGGACAUUUCGGUCGCUUACUGCUGGUCUUCAUAUCACAACAUUGUACUGUGUUAUUUGGGAGAUACCUUAGCUGACUUAUGUUUGGUUUCAAAGGUGACAGCAACGUCCCUUAAAAAAUGAAUUUACGCACUUUCAAACUUUAUCGCGUCUAUUUGAACCCGCCCACUGAUUUGUCAAAUGUUGGCGAAUUUUACCGGAGUUGAAUUCUUAAGAUUUUUUCCUGGCUCCAAAAGAGAAAGGAAAAUUCGUCGGCGUAUGUUCACGUCCUCCUUAAGACUUCGCAUUAGGAGGUUUCACGUGGAAUGAAUACUUUCAAGAGGUUAGGAUAAGGCACUUCUUCCGAGGAAGGCGGUAAAUUGUCUUAAGUGUCACGUAAUCAAAAUAACCAAGCGAUAAUAUUAAUCAACGAUCUGCUUUCUGUUAAAGACGGUGCAAGCGAAGAGGAAAAAAGGCAAUUCCUGGAUGAAAUAGAACUCAUGAAAGAGGUGGGGAAACAUCAGAACGUGCUGAGUUUCCUUGGCUGUUGGACGACAACGAAACCAUUUCUUUUGAUCAUGGAGUAUGUUGCUCAUGGAGACUUGCUUCGUUGGCUUCGCCGAAAAAGAAGUCAGGUAUUUCUGUUAAAAAAUAAAAUAAAAUAAAAUAAGCUAUUGACCAUUUAGCGCCGAUUUUUUUCAUCAAACGCCCACAUUUUCUGCUUGAAUUCUGGUUUGAUUUUCAGACGGAUUUUGUGAAUGCAUGAGAAUGCCAUACGCAAAAUUCGAGCUCAUCAAUUGCUACACUUUCAGUCGACGCCAUGUUGAAUUUUGAGCACGAGUCAAGGGUUCCAAAGGAAUUGUGAAUGAAAAUAUUGGCUAAUUUGAUUAGUUAAUGUUUUACAUUUGCCGUAUUAAUCCACGCGUAAUAAAAAAGUCAGUAGACACGAGGGAGCGUUUUCAAGUUCGUUCAAUUUGCCCCGGGAGCUUGCUCCCAAACCCCUCGUGUGUAUAGGCCUUAAUGGAAAGAGAUGCUAAGCAGCUUUAAAUCGAGCCGGUACUCAGUACUUAUGUCGUGCUGCCACUUUCAUGAAUGUACAGUUAAAUCCCGCUUUACACACACCCGUUAAUACGGACUCCUCAUUAUAACGGACAGCUUGCUUGGUACCCGGGAGAAGAAACCCCUUACCUUUUCUCUAAAUUCAACCCCCUUAAUACGGACACCCCGCUAAUACGAACACUUUCUAUGCUCCCUCAGUGUCCGUCAACGGGGUUUGACUGUAAGAUGCAGUAAUAACAUAUAAUGUUUAAGCAACAUUUAUUAGAAAGUAUUUAUCAUUUUGAUAAAACGGACGGCAUAGGCAACUUAUCUAUUUUGUGGCUGCUGUCGUUAUUACCUUCACAGAUGAGCAGUUCGACCCUGGGAAACGCAGAGGCCCGUUUGAAGAACGAAGAACUGUUUGCCGGAACAAGGAAACAGAGUGUCACUGUUCAUCAGGUAUGGAGCUACUUGGGCAAACUAACACAAUAAGAAAAACACCCUGUCCAAACGAAAAAAUCUAUGGAUGCUGCUUCUCAAAGACACAAAAUUAUGCUUCACUGUAGGUUUACUUUCAGAUUGGUCUCUUCAUUCGUCAUGACAAGUUGUUUAUGUGACUACGGUAAAUAGCUAAAGCUCUACGAUUAUCGUCAAAAGUGAUAGGAAGGCUUCUACUUUCUACCCUUUGUCCCUCGCCCAAUGUUGAACAAAACUUAAUUGUUUAUGCGCUUAAUUGUUGUGUUAUAAACCCAACGUUGAAUAGGGGGAAAGGGGGGAGGGGACGGGGAAAAUUUGGUGGAAGGAAAGCCAUCUUUCGUGAGGAUUAGAAUGAACUGCUUUAAAGCUGAACAACCUUCCCAACUGCUUUUAUCGGGGAUUGUAGAUUCGACAGAGCUACCACGCACGUUCGCAGGAAAGGAAGAAAAUACAAACAAUUUUCCCGCUCGAUUAGGUAUUCGCCGAGUCAUCUGGACUUUCUCGGGUGAGGGUUUGUUUCCUGUGGCUGUAUCUAUUUUCCUCAAAUCAAAUUACUUCUCUGCGUCAUUGAUGUAUUUCGCUACUUCUCCGGGCUAAGAUUUAUGGUGACUUACAGUUUUAAAUUUUAGCAGGGAACUUGAUCUUGCUCUUCAUCAUGACUUAAGUAUGGUGUGGCAUAGGAAAAGAAGACUGGAAGACAGUCGAGUUUUGUAAGAGGACAGGGUUUUCUAAGUCAGCUCUUUAUGAGUUAUACGAACAAAAAAUUGAUACUGAUGACGAUGAAGAAUGUACAAUACUCAUUAUUGUAUUUUCCACAUUAACUUAUGUAAAGGAUAAAUUUGCUUUUGGCUGAAAUAUGUCGUAAAAAUAGCACAGUGAGGAGUACAUCUGGGGAAAAGAUGGUAAAUAGCAUAUUCGCAUACGAAUCUACACUGGGUGGUAUGUAAGGGACAAAUGUGGCAUUUGCCAUCUUUUCCUCAGAUUUACCCUUUCGUUUUCACAUUUUUGCGACAUAUUUGCCAGAAGCAAAUUUGUGCAAAUGUGUUUCUUUUCGCCCAGUUGGAUGAGUUGGCAGAAAACACUGGGGACGAAUGUGACUACGACUGCGAAUCGUUCAUUCCAUUUGAUCUCAUGUCAUUUGCCCGGCAGGUUGCCCGUGGAAUGGUAAGGAAUGUUCUGUCGUUGGUUCGGUAAAGGCAAGUCGAAACUGAAUGAGAAAGAGUUGCAAAGACCUCGGAAACUACUUUGAAAACCCGCUGAUAGCAAGUUCAUGAACAGAAAAAGUUGGUCUUAAAAACAAAGUUUCUCCUUGUGUCUCUAAACUCUCUUCUUGGUAUCUGGCACGGUUAAAAACUGUAUAUUAACAUUAUUCUGUUUAUAAAUUGUUUGAACAUGCAACUUACUAAAACAGUCUGAGUGUUUAUUCAAAAACAGCGAACCGGGUUCGUAUCAACAUCAUUCUCGAUUUUAUAGAACAUUUUAACCCUAUUCAGACCGUUUUAAUUCUUUUGUUGUUUCCUGCUCGAAAAUCGCUCAUGGUACGGCCACCAAAAUUGCAAAUAAUAACGUAUACAUCGCCUAAACGAUUGACAUAAUGACAUAAUCUCACGUCAUUGUGAUGUCAUAUUGUUGAAUUUAUUGGCGGAAUCCAAAUUUCAUCAAUUUUCUCCUCUCAAGGUAGACAUAAAGAAAAAAUACUUAAAUAUGUGUCUGAUAAAAUCAAGAUAUCAACUAACACAUGAUCUUAUUAUGACGUUAUUUAUUAUUAAAGAAAGAACUUGAACCAUCUGCCAUCUUGGAACCCGCCAUUUUGAAUAAAUCAAAUGUAUAUCAAUUUACCUAAAACUAAUAUAAAUGAAAGUAAUUGUGAUAGACUGUAGAAUGCAAAAAAUCUGCAAGUUAUGAAAUUCUUUAAAGGAAAUAAACACCAGUACUGUUGAAAAUUGAACUCAUCGUCUACCAUUUGCUCAUUCUGAAUUUUUCUCAAAUUUGCAACUAAAAAGCCUAGACUACAUAAACAGUUUUAACCAAGUAAACUAGAAAAGAAAAACCUUUUUUCAUAGAAAAUACAAAGAAAUACAAAGGCUGUCAAAAUUCGGAUGCCAUGGCGACGUCAAUGUUGACAUAUACACCACGACGACUUGGAAAUGUUCCUAGAAAAGAUUUUGAACGGUUUUACCCUGUUUAUGUUUUUACCAAAGUAAAAAUGACAUGCUAACAAAUGCAGGUUGUUGACGCAAGAAGGAACUUCAUAGGAAACUGAAUUUAGGAAUCACUGGGAAGACCAUAGCCUACCCCUGGCUUCCCCACAAAAUGACACCUGAGAAACGAGUGCAGAAAUUCCCAGAUCUUGGUAGUGCCUCUGAUUGGUCGUACCGAGUGGGAAAUUUGCUUCAACCAAUCAGAUCUGGGAAGUGACGCGUCAUCAGUAUGGAAUUUCUGCGCUCGUUUCUCAGACGUUAUUUCGCGGGGAAAGCGAUGGUGGCUUCGCCAAUUUCUCAGGCCAGGAAGACCGUAUCAAGGCACGUCUUAAUCACUGUAUUCAAGGCAGUAAUGCCGCCUUUAAAUGGACUUAAAGUCUGAAAAUGACGGUUUGAUAUUGUAUACAAGAAUUUAAGUAGUUUUGGCUUAAGUGGUAGUGACAAAACAAACCUCAGAGGUUCUCGUUUGCAAGAAAUCCUUAGUCCCGAAAUCAUUAUCUUAAGAAAUUUCAGCUGGCGGAUAAAGCCCAGUAAAUUAUACAUGGGCAUUUUAACUACGGUAGAUUAAACUGGCAUCGGAUUAUCCUUUAAAUUAAUUAUUUGCAAUUUUCAGAGCUACCUGGCAGAAAAAGGCCUUGUUCACAGAGAUCUAGCCGCGCGAAACAUCCUUGUGGCACACGGUAAAAAGCUUAAGAUUGCUGACUUUGGCUUGAUGCGGGAAUUACAUCGUGGGAUGUACGAAGUGAAAAGGCAAAAGAGACUGCCGAUCAAAUGGAUGGCCCCAGAAUCACUGUAUGAACAAAUUUUCAGUUGCAAGAGUGAUGUGUAAGUAAAAAGUAUAACAUAGUCUACACACUACAGAGCAGAGAUUAGAUCGGUAAGAUCAAGACCAACCCUAGUGAAAAACCAAACCUGCCGUUUUCAGUUCUUCCACUUUUUUCAUUGUUUUCACGCUUUUCUUUAUAUUUUGAAAGUAAACGGAUAACUGAGUAUGGUACGAAAAAAGCCAAAAUACUGCACUGGUAUCAAGUGUGAAGCUGGCUUUCAACCUUAAGUAGGCAAGACCCCAUUUAGACGGGUCCGGACAAAUUUUUGAUCACACAGUUCUAUCUAGGAUUUUUCGUUUGGGGGAGAAGUCCCGAGUGGCCUAAGGACACGAGCUCAGUCCUAGGGGGAUCUGGGGGCAUGCCCCCAGAAAUUUUUUCAGAUGAAUAUGCGCUGAGAUGCAAUCUGGUGCAUUUUGAGACACAAUUGUGUCCUUAGACAGGGAUUACUUACUUCAUUUGCACUGACCCCGUCGCGUCUGGAUGAUUCUCCGAUAUAGUUACUUCUAUACUGUAAUAAUAACAAUAUUUUUGGGGGGAAGCUGGACAUUUUGGGGAGAAAGCUUCUACCCCUCAAAUACCCUAGAUAGAACCCUGGAACGGACAAACUCUUGUACGAGUCCGCCUCUCCUUUACACGGAACCGGCCAGGACCGGCGGAUACGCGCACGUUUUUGAACAGAAAAGAGUACUAAGAUUUGUGGUUUGUAUAAACGGGUUACACAGGUAAAAAUUCGUCCGUUCAAAACUUUGUCCGAAGCCCUGUAGUGAGAUAUGUCCAGAAAUGCACGCAUUGGCGAAAACGGCAGAAAUGGCGAUUAAUCGCCAAAAUCGACAAACUGUGAACAAAAUUUCAAAUGAGAUGGCAAAGGGGCCCUUUGGAGAGUGGCAAUUUUGGCGAGAAUGGCGUUUUGGCAAAAAUGGCAGAAAUGGUGGCAAUCGCCAAAAUCGCCAAACUGUAAACAAAAAUUCAAAUGAGUUAGCAAAGUGGCCCUUUGGAAAGUGGCGAUUUUGGCAAAAAUGGCAGAAAUGGCGAUUAAACGCCAAAAUCGCCAAAUUGUAAACAAAAAUUCAAAUGAGAUGGCAAAGGGCCCAAAAAGUGGCGAUUUUGGUGAAAAUUCGUUACAAAAGGGCCAGUGUUCGUUAAGCCAACCAAACCAAAUUUCAUGACCCACAGCUAGUCCACUAAUUACUCGAGGAGAGACCCACCAAGUCCUUGAAAUGAUACUGACUAAUUCCUUACCAUGGACACUCUAACUUUUGAGGUUCGAUGUAGACCUAAACAAUCGACUGCUAAACGCGAGGAACCGUGCGUUUCGCAGCCGGUUUUGAUUUAAGCUGCCUCACAAGUUAAUGGAACCGAUGUUAAGAGAAUUGACACCAAUGAGGAUUCAGGGGCACCCAACAGCAAUUUUCGGGAAAAUAUCUGUUCGGAAGACGAUUUGAGAACUAGAAUUUUCGGAACAUUUGUUGUAAAAUUUCUUGCUUGCCUGCCUCUCCUAGGAUUUUCGAACAUCUACAAAAUGGUAUAAUUACCAAUUUUAAACGGAUAUUUACCCUAAAAAAGGCCACCUAGAAUUUUCGGGAGCCUUUUCCUGGCUGAAAUUUUCGAAAAGGUGAGUUUUGAUCCCUAUAAUUUUCGGAUCACUAGACUUUCAGCUAGGAAAUCCGAACAGAUGAAAAGUUUUUAGGGGAUAAAAAUAUGCCUAUAUCUACCGUUUAAAUACUAAAAUGCGUUCAACAAUGCUAUGUUAAGUGGUUUUGAACUAUAACCUCGUUGGGUGCCCCUGAGGAUUGUUUAGGUCUACAUCGAACCUCAAAAGUUAGAGUGUCCAUAGUAAGGAAUUAUUAUCAUUUCAAGGACUUGGUGAUUGUCUCCUCGAGUAAUUGGUGGAUUAGCUGUGGGUCAUGAAAUUUGGUUUGGUUGGCUUGAACGAAUACUCUCUCCCUUUUUUAAGGCUUUGAAAAGAAUAAACCAUAAAAAAGCAAAUGAUGCUAGUGUGAUAUUUCAGCGCAUCACAUUACUUUUGGUAAGUCAAGCGACAUCGAAAGUAAGAAAAUGUUUACUUAACCUGUGAAGUACAUGGCACAAAUACAUAAGCUUAAGUGAAACGACUUCCAUUCGUUGUUUUCAGAUAUAUUUGAUUCAGUUGUAUUUGAUAAAUAUUACUUCACAGUUAAAUAAAGCCGUUUUGUGAUAUAUCUGAUUCAGUUGUAUUUGAUAAAUGUUGCCUCACAGCUUUUGGGGCCUCUUAUUAGGCAUGUAAUUUGAACUUUUUUUUAGUAAUGUUGCCUCACAGUUAUAGGGACGUCUGUAGUUAUCUAAUUUGAAGGGGCAACUUUUGGCAUCCAAUUUGAAUAUUUGCCACAUUCUGGAUAUCGCCAACCCCUUGGCGAUUUUCGCCAAAAUCGCCGGUCUCCUAGGGGUCGGGACGUUUAUCGCCAUUAUCGCCAGCCCUCUGGCGAUUUUCGCCAAAACCACUAAUUUUGCCAAAAUCGCCAGUCUCCAAGGGGCCUCUUUUGGCAUCCAAUUCAAAUCGCCAGCGGCUGGCAAUUUUUCGCCACUUUUGCCAUUUUCGCCAUUGCAUGCAUUUCUGGACAUAAGUGAAACAAACGGACAAAUAUACUAGACAAAUAAAACAAGAAUUUCUCUAACCAGACAAUGAUCAGUUGUGGAUUCACACUCCCCCCCCCCCCCGAUUUAUCCAACAGUGGUUUUCAGUGGUGCUUUGUAAAUUCAUUUUCUUUUCUGCAGAGGGUUUCGUGUCUUUUUGUUUUUCUUUGUCUCUAAGAUAGUCUAAAAUUGAAUAACUUUAUGAAGAGUUACAAAAUCCAUGCACACGGAUAAAUCACUAUCCACUGGAUAGCGCAAUUGGUUUCCCUAACACUUAUCCGUUGGAAAGUGAUUUAUCCGGUGGAUAGCGUUUAAUCCAACUUUUGAACAACUGGGGCCAGAUGUUAACGUGCAGGAUCUUGACAUCCAUGUUAGUGCGCUCAUAUGUUUUGUGAUUCUUGCGUUAAGUUGCUGUUGUUGUUUUUUCUUUUCGUUUUGAUAAAAUAUAGUUUGAAAACAAAACUGAUGAAUUCGCUUAUUAAAUGCUAAAUAUCAAAAACUUGAGAUAACCAUUAUAUUACUUUUUUUUUUUCACAGUUGGUCGUUUGGAGUUGUCAUGUGGGAAAUAGCAACCCUUGGUAAUGUAACAAAAUGACAGGUUCUUUUUAGCAAAUCGAUACACCCACUAAGAAAAAAAGUCGAGAGAGGAUGGAGCCCCCUUGAAUGCUUUGCUACGUUUACCAUGUUUUGCUACUGAUUAAGAGUUUAAAAAGUAGUCCAUCUUGGGUUCCUCAAGAUAUUAUAAAAAGCAUUGGCUAUAGAGAUCCUGGCAAAUCGUACGUUAUUCAAAUUGACCACCAUCUUACAUUGUACUGAUAACUUCGAUUUAUGCAAAUAGUUUAGAGACCAGAUUACAACGUAGUAGGGGGCUCCUGAAUCCCGAGUGCACUUUAGAAACUAAAGUACUCGAAUUCUGUUAUUAGUCUCGCUUGCCUUAGCAAGCCCUUUUUUCAUCGUAUUUAGUACACAAAAAGGCGUUUGUGUUCCCAGGUGUUCCUACUGCAGACCGUGGAAACUGGGACUAAGAAUCAUUGGUUGACCGAAGCCACGCAUGUUUUGCGACAAAAAAUUAAGAAAGAUUAAAUUUAGAGCUUUUCUACAAGAGGACGGCCCAUGAAUUCUACCGCUUAAAAGCGUUAAUUACUUUGGAACAAGUGAACACUACAGUGGUCGGAAAAAAAGAACAAUCUUUUUAAAAUUAGCAAAACCGGGAUGGUUGAGUGUUGUACACUUUCAUUGUAUGCAAAUGGGUCUUGUGAUGAGCAUGCGGUUUAUUCAAUUUUCGGCGAUGAUUGAAAUGAUGUGCCGUGUAAAUCACUUUUGUGAUCUCUGGCAAUGAUGUAAUUUUUCUGGAAUCGAGGCUGUUGAAUUUUCGUUUAUUUAUACACGCGUAUAGCCUGCGACCGCAUACGUAUUUCCGGUCGUCACUAACACGCGUUCUUUAGCGAGUGAAUCCUGUUUCGUGAAGAAUUAAUCACCUCCUCAUUUCUCGAUCUCAUCUUCAAGCAGGCGAGACUUAACGCCGGUGUAAGAGCGUUCUUUUUGAAAAAAUUUUCAUAGUCUAUAGAGUUUAUACUUUUCUCUUUUUUCCUCUUUUAACCUAAAUUAAACUGUAAUUUAAUCAAAGGGCAAGUAAUUAGUUUAACUAUAUCCUGCCCUCUCCAUGUAUUCUUGUAACCUGAUAUUUAAUUCUACAAAUAGCAUCUUCAUCUUCAAAUCUUGUAAUACAAUAUAAAUGGCUUGUAGAAUAAAUAAAGGAAACAGUGUUUCUGGCACAUUUUCAUUACUUUUCUUUGUUUCGAAAAAACUUCUAGUCUUAAUCGGGUACAAAAUUAUGAAGAGUUCAUCAAUGCGUAAUGACUGUUCCGGGAACAAUCAAUUUUUGGUCUAUACUUUAUAGGUGGUUCGCCGUAUCCGCUAUUAAAUAAUAUCGAUGUCAUGAGACGUCUAAAGACAGAAUACCGCAUGGAAAAGCCCGACUUGUGUCCUGAUGACCUGUAAGUUUUUUUUAAAAAAAUGUUGACUAGCGACGGAAAAAAGGAUUUUUUUCCCUUUAUCUUUCUUGUUGGUAGUUCACUGACAACUCCAUUAUAACAAAUAGAUUAUACGUAGACUGGACUAUAUAAUGAUUUAGUAAAAUCCAACUAAAGGUCUAUUAUCAAUGCUGCGUUCUGAUUGGUUGAGCUACUACUGGGCUAUAUGUUAUAGCCCACCAGUAGCGAAAAGCGUUGGCUUUGAAAACCAAAACAAUGGCGGCUGAAUUGCGUUUUGCUAGCUAAUUAUUUUUUAUUCUCGAUAUUUUUGACCAACUAGUUGGAUUUUGCUAAAACAAUUAUUCCUCUUGCCUUCAUGGCCUCUGAGUCAAUAGACCAUUCGGCCUUCGGCCUCAUAGGCUAUUGACUCAGAGCCUAUUCGGGCUCUAGGAAUAACUUUUAAAUAUUUUUUCGAGAUCGUAAAUAGAAGUCUCGUGACAAUGAAGUCGAUUGGGAGUACCUCCAGGCUGCAGUGCGCGCAGUGUGCGACGCUUCACAAAAAAAUUAUUACAGCAACUCUUAGACAACUUGGAUUUCUCAGUAAUUAGGGUAUAACAUAAGCGUCGACUGAAGACUGGAUGUUUAAUACAUAAAAAAAGUUUGCUACUUCUUGGAUGUUUCCGAAAGGCUUUUUAACUCUCAUUAUUCACAAUUAUCCCCCACACAUGCUCCACGGUUGAACUUGCGUGAUUUGAAAAAAUGAAAAUAUACAUAUAUGGGUUAAACGUAAAGCAUGAGCUCGUGGGUUGGUGUAUGUGUGCCCCUUGCUUUGAUUUACUGGUAAUUCGUGAUCCACCUUCCCCUCGCAUGUCGUGGUGGAACUGCUGUGCGGUUCCCAGCCAACAGCUCCCACUUGUGUCGUGUAGAGCUGGCGCUUGAUAGACUGCUUUGCACUCACCUCCUCAGUAAGGAGUUUUGAGGUUAAAGGUUAAAAAGGUUAAAGGCAUGUUUAUAGUGGAAGGUGCACUUAGCUAGGCAGCUAAUUUACAGGCACUCCACUCAAAUAUUUAGAACCAAAUAAUUCAAAUACAACAUAACAGGAUUAAAAACCCCAACUGGCAGAAGGCAACCAGUUGGCUAUUUACAAGCGUGGCCGAGAAUUUGAACUCGGGACGACCGAGCACAAAUCCAGCAAGUGGCCAGAGCGGGACUCGAACCCGGGACCGCCGGAUUGCGAGUCCGACGCGCUGACCACUCGGCCACGCUGCCUCCCUAAAACCCAUAUUUGACCCGGAGAGACAGACAAGUAGUAAAGCCCAACAGGCUUGACCUUUAGGCUUUAGGGCAGUUCAAGGACUGUGAGAGACAUUUUUUUAUAAAGGAACGGUGACAAUUACAUUUUUUAUUAUCAUUAUUGCUAGUUAUAGCUAUCGCUAAGUGCCAACAAGCAAAGAUUUCAGGGGCAGUGGCAACCCCAGACAGCUUUUUCGCCCGUAUUGGGUCCCACCUGCGUGGCACGGCGCGAGACACGGGUUUUCGCCGUUCACUAACCCAACGGCUGUGCCACGCAGGUGGGACCCAAUACGGGUGAAAAAGCUGUCUGGGGUUGCCACUGCCCCUGAAAUCUUUGCUUGUUGGCACUUAGCGAUAGCUAUAACUAGCAAUAAUGAUAAUAAAAAAUGUAAUUGUCACCGUUCCUUUAUAAAAAAAUGUCUCUCACAGUCCUUGAACUGCCCUAAAGCCUAAAGGUCAAGCCUGUUGGGCUUUACUGCUUGUCUGUCUCUCCGGGUCAAAUAUGGGGUUCCACUGCUCUCUUUGGGAAGCUGGGAGUGCUAUUCUUGUGAUGGUGGAUCUGGCAGCACUGCAGGAGGUGCAGCUUGAUUAGACUUGGCAACCGUCAGGUUUGCUCUGUUCUCUAAUGACAGUUCAGGAUUUAUCUCUUGUUCCGGGGCGGGGCAAACUCGUAGAUGCUGUCUGUUACGGCGGUAGUUUCUUCCGUCUUCAGUUUGCACUACAUAAGAUCUUGGGGUUUGGUGAUGUCUUAAAAACUGUUGCUGCUCUCCAUAGUUUGCUAUCCGUCUCAGGCUGCAUUCUCACGUUAGUACCCUGUUUAAGUUCCUACAUACUCUUGCUGGCAUAGCGGUUAUCGUUCUUUUUCUUUUGUUCUUUAGUCUUCUUCAGGUGUUUGGAGAUUUCAUUCUGAUUGUUGCUGGUUGGAGUAAGCAAACUUUCCAUCAUAGGCAGCUCAUUUUUCAGUCGGCGUCCCAUAAGUAGUUGCGCUGGUGACAGCCCGAUGCCUGGCAAUGGUGUUGUUCGAUAAUCCAGCAGGGCUAGGUACUUUUCAUCAUUAUUUCGGUACAGGUUCCUUACUGUUUGAAUCGUUCUUUCAGCUUCGACAUUGGCUUCUGGAUAAUGCGGUAAGCUGGUUGUGCGCUUGAACCCCUAAUCCUUUACGAACUCUUUAAAUUCACUGUUAGUGAACUGGGGGCCAUCAUCUUAGACUGCUUCAGGUGGGAUACCAUGGACUCCAAACUGCCUCUUCAGCUCUUCUACCACAGCGCCACUUCUUAAGGAUUUCAGCUUAGUGACUUCCGGGAACUUGUUACAGUAGCACCCAGAGAGUAAAUAAUGUUCUCCGCGAAAUUCAAACAAAUCUGUUCCGAUCUUCUUCCACGGAAGUGAUGGUGGAAUAGUAGGUUUGAGAGGCUCUCAGGGCUGCUUGUUAGCGUAGUGUUCGCACACACCAUAAUUGGUCACCAUCUGCUCAAUGUCCACUGACCGACAUUCCAGGCCAAAAUAGCAUAUCCCGGCCUCUCUGUCUGCACUUGACUUUCCCAGAUGCCUCUUGUGAAUCUGACGAAACAUUUCAGCUCUCAUGCUUUUUGGGACUAUCAGGCGAGUCUCUUUGAAGAGAAGUCCAUCUACUGUUGCAACUUUAUCUCGAAAUGACCAGUGGGGUCUUGCUUCGGUAGGAACUUGCUGCUUAGUAUCUGGUCACCUAUUCGUCACCAUGGUACCAACUGCCUGCAACUCAGCUUUGAAUUCUUCAUAUCGCUCCUCCGAGACAGAGAGGACCAGGUUUAUUUAUUGAAAGGCCUCCUAUCCUUCCUUCUCAGCACUUGGUACAGCUGCUCUGCUUAGGGUGUCUGCUACAAUUUGUUUAUUCCAAGGAAUGUAUCGGACUUCGACGUCAUAGCCACGCAGAUUGAGGAUCAUCUUCUGAAGUCUCAAUGGAACUUGUGACAAUGGUUUUGUGCUUUUGCCUGCAAGAAUUGUGGUCUGUUUCAACAGCUGUACUUCUGCCAUAUAUGUACUGGUGGAACUUGCGACAAGCAAGCACAACGGCUAGCAUCUCGGCUUCGAUGGGAAGCAUAACAUACAGGCUUGCUGUCUUGCAAGAGCACAGCUCCAAGCCCCUUGACACUUGCAUCGCACUGAAUUACUACCGGUUUGGUUUGGUUUUACUGAAGCAUAGGUGCUUGCGAUACGAGUUGCUUAAUCUUCAUGAAGCUGUCUUUCUGCGGAAGGUCCCAAUGAAACAACACAUUUGACUUACCUAGUUCUUGCGGUGGAGCGACUUCACUUCACAGGCUUGGCAGGUACGGGGUCAAGAACUGCACAAAUCCAAGGACUCGUUUUGCAUCUCCUUUGCUCUCUGGUUCCGGCAUCUCUUGAAUUGCUUUUACCUCGUGGGGGUCAAUCUUAAGGCCAUCAGCUGUCAGGAGAUGUCCCAGGUAUGGAACUUGUGUCUGACGGAUCUUGCAUUUCUCUAUGUUAAGCUUUAAGCCUUGCUUUGAUGCUCUGUAGACCUUUGCUGACAUAACAUUGGGUUUCGCACCACUAUCCAGCUGAAAUCGUACCUGAGAAUCUUUUAUUUCGGCGGUUACAUAGAACUCCUCAUCUUCCUUCACAUGCUUGAUUUCAAUGAGUACACAAAGAGGGUAAUUCUUACUCACUUUCUUCUUCUUCUGGAUCAGAGUCCUCUACUUCUUCAAGAUUGUGGAAUUCUUUUGAUCUGCAGGACUUUGUAUCUUCUUACAGAGUCCGCACUUUUGUCCCAUUGCUGGUCAUUUCUUAUGGGUCUUAUCAUAACCACAUCUACCACAUUUAUCUUUGGUCUUGCUAGUCUCAGGUUUCUUCUCUUUACUUUUAAUUCGUGGACGCAUUUGUUUUGCAUGUUUCUUCUUUUCUAUGGCAUUCACAGUUGGCUUCACCCUUCGAUAGCUUUUUCAGGCUGUUUAAAUUCAUUUCGUGGUUUCGACUAAUUUCAACUGCUUUUUCAAGCGUCAAUUCUUAGGCCAAAUCGAGAUACUUUUCCCGAACUUUUGUGGACUUACGGCGGAAAAAGAUCGCAUCACGAACCAUACGCUCCUCUUCUUGAUAGUCACAAUCUUUGACGAAAAUGUUCAGAUCUGUCGCAAAGGAUUCAAAACUCUCGCUCUCUCCUUGGUGUCUUUCAUUGAAUUCCAAGGCAGCCAUAAUGUGCCUUUUUUUCUAAGCGCGCAAUACUCUUCAAACUUUUGCAGCACUACCUUCAGUUUCAAAUCGUCUUCGGGCUUUGCGAAUGCGAAUCCUUCGAAUAAAUCUAAUCCUUUGUCACCUACCCACAACUUUAAGUAGCUUACUUUCACGCCGUCUUCUUUUUCGUGCAGGGGACCAUCGAAGAUACAAGAGGCUUGUUGGCAAAAACGAGCCAUUCUUGGUUUAAGUCUUGUCAUCUCUGGACUCUUGUAUUUCGCUAUUGUCGUCGAAUUUCCGCGCAUUACACACGAAAACAUAAUUGAUGGGAAUACUCCGUCCUUUUUCGGGGAAAUGUCAGCUCGAUGGCUGAAUUGGGCGAGGAUUUUCUAGUUCUCUCUGACACCAUGUAAGAUAAUAAACUAGUCAAGAUGGCCGACAGUGAAAGCAUGUGUAUUCCCAAAGUCAGUCACGUGACAUAUAACAAAUGACUUGCUUGGGAGGGGAAAGUCUUUCACACAAUACAUUUAUAAUAUCAUAUAAUCCAUGUAAUAUAACAGAUUUCGAUUAAGUUCAAUCUGUUUAGGUAUCCGUCUUUAAAACGGUUAAAAAAUGUUAGGCGUGUCAGCAAAAAUUACCUGUCAGAUAGAAAGGACACCUAAAGUUGUUUUUCUUUAAUGAUCUUGUUUAAACGCCGACCACUUACUUAGUGGUGGUCCAGUUCAACGAUGUCCGUGCUGAAGGAAGAGUUGUAUAGAUAAGUAGCUGUUCCGAUAGCUGUAUAGCUAUUUAAAGUCUUUUACCCUAUUAUAAUUUAGAUAUGGAUCGAUUUGUCUUUUAAUUUGCCGAGAAAUGAGAUUAUUCUAUACGUAAUUAUGACGAACUAAAAAGGCGAGGAAGCUAAUGAGGAAUAUCUGAGGCUUUAUAAUACAGCUAAGCUUCCCCAACUAAUGAUAAUUUGUAAUUUAACGUAUAAACUUAAAAAAAAGUUUAUGAUGUGAAAGCCUCAUGGAUUCUUUAGGGAUAUCAAAAGACAGCAUCGACGAUUAAAACUAGACUGAUUUUGUCCCUAUACUUUCUAGUUAUUCCUUGAUGAAAGACUGCUGGAAACAGAAACCUUAUGAGCGACCGAGUUUUCCAGAAUUGGUGGAAAGAUUAGAACAACUGAUGCUUCAGGAGGUGGAAUAUUUAGAUUUUAACUUGUUGGACGAGACUAAAGAUUACUAUCAGGUGACAGAGUCAAAUAUGGGGGAAAUUGACGACGAGGAGAUGUCUAUUGCAUAGUACUCCCCCAAACAUGAAUACAUGAAAUAGAUCAG